AUGGAAAAUAUGUGUGCUUGCCGGAAUACAAAUGGAUCGUGUCAAAUGAUAGAAAAUUAUCGUUCAAUACUUGACCGAAAACAAUCCUUUCUAUCUAGUUGGCAACCUUUCGAUGAUAAUGGCAAAACUCGGUUCAAACGAGGACGUCAAUACCGAGACAAAACGAACGCAUCACUUAUUCAUAUGUGUUCUGUGUAUGUUAUUAAUCCAUGGUACGAAUAUGUUGACAUGAAUAGAUAUCCUCUGUCAUCCUUACAAAAAAGUCAAUAUGCGAGAAUAUUCGAAAUCGUUUUGCUUGAAUGUAAUUGCUCGACGGAUCUGUGUAAAUAUGAAUUAGCUAUUAUUGAGUGUCCAUGUUUACGCAACUUGCAAACUUACUGUACAUAUUGCCAACUGAUUUGUCAAAUGGUGGAACAAACGAAUAUUUCAUUCUCAUUGAAUUGCAAUACAUACCGCGAAGCAAAAAACGAUCUUCUCACUGUUAACAAUGAUCAAAAGAGUAGAUUACUAAGAUUUCAAACUUCUGACAAUACGACCAAUAAGGCAAUUCUACGUUUGCAAGACGAUGGCAACGAAGACCAAUAUUCAGUACAGUCGAAAGCUCAGAACUAUUCCGUCAAGAGCUCAUUGUCAUGCCAUUGUCUUUCACAAAAUGCACGUUCAUCGCCGAGUUCAAUUCAACCAAUCAAGCACAAGCUUGCUUCAUUAGGAACGCAAACAAAACUGUACGCCAUCCUCUUACCAAACAGUCCACUGUGCGAAUUGAACGAUGCAAGAAUUGAAACGAAAAUGUUUAUGUCUGUGACGCGAAGUUGUCAAGUUAACACGCUAUGUUAUAUAGUUAAAACAAAUGAGCGUCUGCCAGAUCAUACGUACUUGAAAGCAGACGAUCAGAAACUCCGAACAGUAGGCUAUUUAUCACUGACAUCACAGACGACGCAAGAAUCAAAGCAGAAAUCCAUUUCAGUCGAAUCUAUCAGUAGUAGAGAUCAUACGAAAUGCUUCAAUAGCGGAAUACAAAGGGGAUUAUCACUGAUGCCUUCGAUGCCAUUCAAAUGUAUCAAUGUCUGUGAUACUGUCGAUUGCAAUGAUUCAAAAUAUAAAUCAGCUCCUAAGUUUUUGAACAAUUCAAAUGAACAGCAAAUUAAUAAUAAUAAUCACAACCAACAAUCAAUGCCAAAUUGUGUCAAAGUGACAAGUGGUAAAUCGUCAUGGACAGUCAACUCUUAUCGAUUGUUCGUUCGGCGACGACGUCGAGAACGAAAUCGAAAGCGUAUUCAUCAUUUUCUUCAACAGUUUUAUUCUCGAACGAAGUCGACUGCUACUCAUCCGUCGUUAUCAACCAAUAUUACUUCUUCUUACAAAGUCCAUAAUCAUGUAAUCAUAGUCCGAGCAUCGCAAAACUCGGCAGCUUGCCAACACCUUCAAAUAAUACUAAAUCAAUCGAAUAGUUCGUUGGAUCAACUAAUUGAUUCACAAUUUCUCCUCACAUCUCAGAAUAAUUAUCAAUCAGUUUGUAUUCUUUUCGACGAUCAGAAACAAUCAGAAACACAUCGACCUUCUUUUCUUCGAUACAUUUACCAAUCUCUUUCAAAUACCCUCAAAUGCACUAUUCAAAAUCGAUCUAUACAAAUCACAUGUAUGAAUCUUGUUUUCUUCAACAACUCGAUCUGCGAUCUGACAAGAAUGCAACGCAUACGUUUGAUUGAUACAGAUAAACAAGUGAUAUUUCGACCACCAUGUGAAAUAUCAUUAAAAACGUCGGACGAUGUUGACACUGUCAUCAAUCGUGUUAGUAUGCCAAUGUCAUUUGCUCAUCGAAUAUUCAUCGUUAACUUUCAUCAUGAGCAAUCAUCUUUGUCUGGUUCAUUUCUCUUCUUACACUUAGCUCCUAUUUGCUCAGUUCGAUCGACAGGCCUGUUAACCAACUUGAACUCGGCUACCUAUUCUAUCAUGAACUUAAUUCGCCAAUUGAAAAACGGCCAUUUAGGCGAUCAGAAGACAGAAAAACGAUUUCUUCUCAACGACUAUUCAUUGAAUCGUCUGUUGAAAACGUAUCUUUUCUCACCCAAACACACAAUGGUCGUUUUUACUGUUAGAUCAAAUGAAUUUGAUUGUGAAAAAAGUUUAUUAGAAAAAUAA